AAAUGCGGUUCCUCGUUUUGCACUCUACCGAUUUACUCUGGUUUUGUCCCCUUUUGGCACCUUCGUUUUCAUAGUUGCAUUGCAUUUAUGAGCGUGACUCGGUGGAUGCGGAGAGAGAGUGCGUUGUGGUGUGUGAUGUGACGAUCAUUCUUAAUGCUUCCUUCUCUCUUCAUUCAUUAUCAAUUAAUGCCAUGCACUUAGCAUGGUUGGUAAGCACUAAUUCCACCCCUUUUAAAUUCCUCGCUCACUCUUUCUCUUCUUCCAAUCCCCUUCUCUCCUUCCAUGCCACUGAUGCUUUCGUCGUUCCAACUCAACAGCACUAGCAACGAAAACAACCGCAUGUUAUAGGGACUUGCUGUUCAUGGAGUGGGAUCUGUGGAGUUCGACGUAUGACCAAGAUGCGACUGGUAGUAAUUACUGGUCACCGCAACAUGAAUGCGACUUCUACUUUGGGUGUGGCCCAGGUAAUCAUUGUUUCUUACUCCUUGACGCUUGGCAUUUUUUGUGUUGUCCUUGUGUUGUUUUUACUCUGGCUUUCUGUUAAUUUUGUAGAUGUUAUAGAGGAGGACGCGUUGAACAUGGAAUCCUGUAUUCGGGUUUUGAGAAUAUUGAUCACCAAGGCGGAUACUGAGAUUGAGGAACUUGAAAGAGAUCUCUUGGUGCUUCAGAAGGAGUUGGUCUGUUUUGAGCAUGAAAAAUGGCCUGAUAUAUUCUGUGGUGUUCUCAGUGAGAGAAUCAGCCAGCUUGAUGUGGCGAUUAGGACUUUAAAGAAUGAUUGUGCUGAUGAGGCUGAAGUGCAGUUACUGCUAGAUAGUGAACCUGCUGGGACGCUUCAUGAAAUACUUGCCCAGUAUCUAGAUGUGAAUGUCUUGAGUCCAGUUGUGAAUGUUACUGAACAUGCACCAGACAAAGAUUCUAGCACCCUUAAUAUGAUCAUUAAGGAAGAAGGACAAGAUCUUCAUGGAACCUCAGAAAGCUCUGGAAGCUUGGAACUUAUUUUGGAGAUUCAGAAGUCAGAUAAUCCGGAAAAGAUUGAGGAACUAUCUGAAGAAACACUUGUUAGAAGUCCUGAUUUGGCGGGCAUUAUCCUUGCAUCCUACCACUCUGAUGGUAUAAAAUUAUCAGAAACAUUUGAUGAUCAAGUUGCAGGAAAUGAAGUCAGAAAAAGCCAACUCAUUAAUUCAAAUACAGGUCAAAUGUUGGAUUUGUUUUCGGCCAAAAGUGAAGCCAAGAAAGAAAAUGAAUUUGUCAGAGAAAAAGAUGUUAGCCCAGAUGAAUUUAGACCUGCAAUUGACAUCAAUGGGAAGAAAACGGGUCCACAUUCCAUAUUAGAUACUUCACAACGACAAAAACGAGCAAAACCUAAUUUAGACAAAGAACCAUGUGAUUUUGCUCCAAAAGCUGCACAAAGGGACUGCAAGAAAGAACCCAAGGUUGCUCCAGACGAAGAUUUGAACUCCCUGAAUUACCCUUUACAAGUUGUUUAUCCUAAAACAUUAUGUAUCACUGAUACAGAAUUUUGCUCCGUUAAAGAUAGCAAUGGGAUGCAUACCAAGAGUUCAUUGUAUACUGGGUUACAGCUGAUGGAUGUAGAUGAAGAUAAAGGGAAAGAACAUGAACAAGACCUUAAAUCCCAACUGAGAACUAACCUCAGAAAGUCCAAGAUGAGUUUCCCUUCAAAGCUUAAAGCUUCGGAAAAGAAGGAACUGGAACUAAAGGCAUUUUCUUCCAGAGAACCAUUUGACAGUUGUACGGAAGUUAUUCCAAGUGCAUCCAUAGUUGUAUCAGCUAAGAGCCAGCGAAGAUCCAAAUCCUGUACUGAUGUUACCAUUUUAAACGAGUCAAUGAAGCGGAAGAUUAUUACUAAAGGGGCAGUGAAACCAGACAAGCAUGAGACUGAAGGUCGUGCUAUUGUUCUUUAUGACAGUAAAUUUUCUGAAUUACAAAAGAAAAGAAGAGUUACAAAGUUGCCUAUCACCGUGGACAUACAAAAUUCAAGUGUUAAUUUGGACGUACCAAAUUCAGACGGGGUUUCUAUGGACAAAAAAAGCAAGUUAGCUCCUCGUACUCACAAGUCACAUUCCUUGGUGGAUUCUCAUGAUGAGACCUUAUCUUUGAAUAGCUUGUCAUUGACUGAUUUGAGGGCUAUGGCAAAGGAACACAAUGUGAGAAAAUAUUAUAAGCUUCGAAAAGUAGAUUUGGUUGAACAGUUAGCUCAGCGACUGAGUAGCUGCUGA